AGAAAUUCCCUAUAUUCUUUGGCUCACGGCAUAUACUUUAAUAUCAACAUUUGUUUUAAUUAGGGCCAAACUGAAUCUAUAGGGCAAGGCAUUAACUAAGGUAAUAAAAUGAAAUGAAUUACAUAUUUUAAAGUAGUUGACUUCAUAUACAAUAAAACAAUUAACAUUUUCUUUGACAGGUUUAUUCUCAGUCUACGAGCUACACAUUAGUCAUAAAUCAUUUGCACUUAUAUUUGUUUGUUUUUUCCAGACGUCCAUUCAAAAUUAAAUGAUUGCCCAGUGAAUAUUUGAGAGAAAAAAAAAGUAAUUCAACAUGACAACCCAACUGGUCAGUCCAGGUAAUAAAGUGAUAGAAAGUUUUUAUAAAUUCAUUGUGUCAUAAUGUACACGUUUAUCAUAAAAAUAUUUUUUUAAAAUUAAAUGGUAUUAUAUUUUGAGCAUUGAAUCUUUAAAUUUCGAUUGUCCCGUUUAUUUGACGGCUUUCGAGAAAAAAGACACAUUUUUUUUAAUAGUACGUUUUAAUUAUAAUCCCCAUCACCAACUCUGUUUCUGGCUCUACCAUUAUCUAUGUCUCUUCUCUUGUCCCCUCUCCCUUUCACUCUGCCAUUAGUGAGUAUUUCAAACAUUUUCCCCCGAGUCUCACUUUAGAGUUUUCUAUGGAGGAAGGGGGGGGGGGUUGAUUUAUUUGCUGGACAUAAUUUUUGUUCCGGGGGUACUUGGCUUUCCCCUCCCGGAGAUAUAGCUAAAAGAAACCCUGUCUGCCACUCUGUCUUGUUUACUUUUUGUCCCCGUUUUAUCGUCGGUUUUUUUUUUUUUAAACAAUAGAAAGUUCAAAAGGUCAAAUCUGUAGAUGAAUUCCGUAACAGACAUAUUUUGUUUCAGAGGUAGUGUCAGCAGGCAUUAUUGUAAUGCUCGUGCUACCUGAUGGACAACCUUUUCAGAAAAGAAUAUUUGAGAAAUGCACGGCCUUUGAAGUGAGUGAACGGUAGAUAAUAAUAGUAACUUGUCUGUAUGUCACUGGCAAUAGUAAUACGUUCAUCAAUUAUUUUCUUACAAAACUUUUUAAAAUGAUAAAAACAGUAGAGAGAGAGAGAGAGAAAGAGAGAGACAGACAGAGAGAGAGAGAUCAGUACUAAAGACAGACUAACUAGCAUAACCAGUAGGGGAGUCUGAGGCACUGUGAUGUCAGAAAUAUAGAAGAGAGUUUCGAGAUUUACAGAAUAUGAGGGUGAGUGGGGGCAAAAAAAAGGUGGGGGGGGGGUUGUCGUGUUUAACAAUUAUAAGAAGAUUAUUUGGGAUGUUGGCAUUUUGACUGAUAAGAAAUAGAUUAUAUUUUUUUAGUUUAUUAUAUAGCAUACCUUGUAUGGAGUCUUAUUCAAUGCAACUAUACAAACACAUAUCAACAGAGAUGAAUAACGUUUAACCGGCCACAACCGGGCCACAACCGGGCCACAACCGGGCCACAACCGGGCCACAAACUUUCAAACAUUUUAAGGGCUCCUGUUAUUUAAAGUAAUAAAUCUAAUGUCACAUGUAUACAUUGUCUGCGUAUUUCGCAAUGGUUGUAGCAAUGUGUUAAAAUGCGCAAAAUGACAUUCCCAGAGGUUUGGACUAAUAGAUAUUCUUAUGCGUCACUUGGAUGCAAGUUUUGUCUAGUAAUUUUAGUAGAUGGCAGUUCAGAUUUCCCGCCGACGCAAUUGUUUGGUUUUGUAUUUCUUUAAACAAUAAAUAAAUAUACAUUGUGGUUCUUUACUUCUUUGAUUUGUACAUAUAUAUGAUAAGACAAUAAACUUGUUUUUAAGCUAUAUAAAAAAAGAAAAAGAGAAAAAAGUGGGGGAGGGGGGUGGUGGUGAAUAACUUCAGCAUUGAAAUAGAAUUCUUCUUACUAUUAGGAUGAUAUUUAGGUACAAUUUAUUUAUUAAUUCUUAAUAAACGUUACAAGGGUUAUUAUUGUUUGUGCUUUUGUAGGAUUCUUGCUAUAAGUUUACUAUAAGAUACGAUCGUCUCUGCUAAAGUAACCAUCUUGCUUUAACUCACAAUUAGAUAAUGUUACCUCUAAUACCUUCAAUAGUUUAAGUCUUUAAAAUUAUGGUUUCUGCCGUGACAACCAUCUAGUUAGUUGUUACCAUAAGAUAUUAUGAUUUCUGAUAUUUUAACCUUCUUACGUGUUGUCACAAUAAGUUAUAAUGGUUUCUGCUUACAGCUGAAAGUGGAAUACGUAGCUCAGGAGCAGCUCAAUGAUUACAGAGUUGAGUUGCACUUUACAGGUAACAUCAAAAUAAUGGAAGAUGACGAGGAGUUCGGCCACGACAAUCUGAAUUCUUGCAAUCAAGUCAGGAUUGUACACUCACAGUAAGUGUUUACUUUUAAGUAGCGCUUUCUAAUCUAUGUGUAGCGACACAGUGGUACAACGUCAACGUCAUAUGUGUGUCGUGACACACUGGUCUGUCACCAAGAUCAAUUUUGUGUCGCAAGACUUUUAUGUAAAAGAAUAAAUAUAAAAGUAAGCAAACAUUUGAAUAAAUAAAGUCAUGUAAAAAUUUAUAAACACGUGUUUAGAUGUAUUAGACGUCUUCUUCUUCUUUAUGUUAAGGGCCCACGAUCAAUGAAUUGAUCAUUCUGGCUCCUAUAUUUCAGAGGGGUUCGCGAUGUUACUGUCCAUGGGUUUCAAUGGAAUGCUUCACUGGUUGCAAGGGCGACUCAGCAGUGAUGUUACGAACUGGGGGUUGGAAUACAGGAGGCAAUAGACACAAAUGUGUCGAGUGUAGCCGCCUCAACUGUUGCUUUUGGAAGCGUGUUCCAGUCCCCUAUUGUCUUCGGCAGGAAUGAGGAGCUCCUGAACUUUGUUCUUGUUUUUACCAGCCGGAACUGACUGUCGUGGCCUUGCCGCUGUCUAGGGGGAAGAUGAACGAGUUCCUGUUUGAUUGCGGAGCAGUGGACCAGCCCAUUUUUUAUCUUGAACAACAUGGUGAGCCUGGAUAGUCGUCGUCGUUCUUCCAAUGUUGACCAGCCCAGUGUUUCUAGCAUGCUGCCAACACUUGAGGUGUUUCUGUAGCGGUUUAGGACAAAGCGUGCGGCCCGUCGCUGGACCGCCUCCAAACUGUCGAUGCUUUUCUGGGUGAAUGGGUCCCAGACUGUAGAAGAGUACUCUAAAAGAGGGCGGUCAAAGGCUUUAUGGGCUUUUUCUUUCAAGGCUUGAGUUGCCGAUCUUUAGAUUGCGCUUUAGGAACCCCAGGGUCUUGACGUUCAGGACAUCACGUGGGCAAAAAAAUAAUGAGCUUCUUUAAAAAAAGAUUCCAACUAACUGGAAACAUUUUAUGAAUCUAAUGUUACAAACAUUUUUUUAAAUUAACAAAAAUUAGUAUUAACACUAAAUAUCUUCACAUUUAACCAGAUCUCCAGUUCCGCAACCGGAAGGCCUACCUCUAGUGCUAAAAUCGAAACCUCAGGAGUGACUGUAACAGCUACAAAACUAGACUUGAGUCACAAGACCUGCAUGAUAUUUAAUAUUACAACAAAAAAUCACUUGAAUCUUACUUUACGUUAUGAUUACCUAUUAAAGGAUAAUAUGUGGGGGACUGUGGUGAAGCCAUGUAAAGUAAACAAAUGGUGGAACAUGAUGUGUUUAGGCUUGAAAUAGAGACAAGACAAUUACAAGGACGCUUCGGUGUCAGUGUGUUAGAAUCCUUGUGAGUUUGUUUUGUAAGAAUAUGCAUUUGUAAUGAUAGUGCAAAGAGAGUUAGUGUGCCUGAAUUCUGAUCGGUCUACAAGUACAGGGUUACUAUUAAGUAAGCGGAUACUUGAGGGGUAGUUUGUGCGGGUGGACAGUGGUGCAUGUGGAGGGCGGGGGAAUAGAAAGUAUAAACGCAUAUGGAUAACUAUAUUUUUUGUAGAGCUGACGGUCGUCCCGUCAGUAUGUUUAGUUCUAUUGCUAAGAUUCUUAGGGGAACUCUCAUGGCCAAAUGUAAGAUCUGUGUGUAAUGGAACUCAAAAAUUUUGUAUAAAUAUUCAUCAAAAUGGACUCUGUGUGUUGGUGAAAGUACGUCAUUAUCAUAUCCCUGGAGCAAUCGUCGAGACGCAUGCAGCUCUUUAGCGACCUGAGUGCGGAUGUGCCAAUAAUUGGUUUUGACUCCGAACAAAAUGGUUUUUGGCAUGUUCUUAAAAAGAAAAUUGGCUCUCUAAAAAGGUUUAAUCUUCAAGCUGGUGAUAUUUUUUGUGUGGCUCUUUUGACGAAUGAGUGUGCCGACCACUGGCCUCGAGUAAAAGACAUAAACAACACCAAGCGCAUAUCAUACCAUAAGCAAUAACAAAACUAACGCUAAAUACAUUCUUAAGCAGACAAGACAAGACAAGAAACAGAAAAUAAAUAGAACUUAGAAACGUGUGUUUACAAAGAUAAUAAUCGCAAUGUAGUUGUUCUUUCAGUUGGUAUGCGUUUCAAAAUUGUGUAAUCCUUCUAACAAAAUAUGUAAAUUAUAAGUGGGAAAAAAGAAAACGUUUUAAUUGAUUUAUUAUUUGUAUGCUCUUUUAAGAUCAAAAUCCAAAUAACUUGGUAAAAAUUUUAUCAUAAACUUUGUAUAUUAUAAAACUUCGAAUUUUUAUAUCAGUUGAUUAUUUCAUAAUAUUGUCCAUCCACAAAUCCAUUCAAUAUCAACUAUCUUUUUCAAAUUUUCAGUUUCGUUAGGAUCCUUCACCAAGCCAACCGUGCCACCUGGCUAUUCCUUCCUAUAGAAACACAAACACGAUUGUCUUAAUCUUAUUUUGCUGUGCUCUAUAUCCUUUAUCAUAAAUCUGGGGUUUCACUGGAAAUUUCUUCAUCUAUAAAGUAUUCAGAAAUAAACGGUCGACGCAGUCUCCGUGACAGAUUUCCUCUAUUUCGUUGUUCGGGCCCUUGGGGAAAUCUCUCCAACUUGCUCUAUGACUAAGGAUUUUUAAGCUUCGCGAAAGACUAGGUUUUACUUUAACGUGCGAAAUGCCAGUGGAGUCUGUUCGUGCUGGUCAAGUCUGCUUACUGUCAUGACCGUCGAGAGAUGCCCGUAAGUUUGGUUACCUUUACUGUGGUUACAUCUGAAUUCUUGGAGAAUUGAACAAAUCGUAAGCAUUGCGGUGAUAUGCAAUGCCAUGGUGAUGUUUAACGAGAGAACUUAAAGAUUUAAAAAAAUCAUUUUUGACCACACAAAAAUUAUUUCCAACGAAUUGCCGGUGUUUGAAUGUGUCUUCAGGUGUUACUGUUUCAUUGAGGAAGUGCAAAUAGGGCAGCUAUAUAAACAUAGUAUACAAUUUUGUAGUUUCAAAUGUUUCAUUCUCAAGGUUUGUAUUUUUGACACAAUUAUUUUGAAGAUCUUUAUAUUCCCUAUGAAAUAAUUGUAUGGUUUUGUUGGUAUUGUAUGGGACAAUAGCCUACAUAUUUUCUUAUCCUUUUAUCAGAUCUGAAACACACAUAUUUUAUCAUGUGAACCAGGCACCCUAAAUUAAGAUGUUGUUCGCGGAUACCUUGAUGUAAUCAUAAUGUAAGGCCUUCUGUUAUUUUAUUUUAGGCAUUAAAAAAAACUUAUUCUAAGAAACAAAAGGGCCUAUAGUAAAAAAAUGGAAGUUAAAGCAAAACGUCACUGACAAUACUAUUUGUGUCUCGCUAAUUAAUAAAUAAUUUUCUUUUUGAUAACGUGUGUGUCUUAUUAACUUUUUAAACAAUAUGUAAAAACUAAAGGCAGCUAUAAUUGGG